UACAACAAAAAAAAAUUACAGAUACAAUCGUCGAUCGAAGAUAUAGGUUAAGCUAAGACACAAAACGUUCGAAAAGUUUAGCAAAAAUGUCAGCACCUAACAAACCCGUUGACAUGGAUUGGCAGAUUUCUUGCCACGAUAUAAAAUCCCGCAAUCAGUAUCUGUUCGAGACUGGUGAAAUGACCGAUUGCGAAUUUAUGGUCGGUAGAGAGCCGAAAAAUCAAAAAUUAAUUUCGGCCCACAAAAUGAUUCUGGCGAUGGCGUCUCCGGUUUUCCAUGCGAUGUUCUACGGAAGUCUUCCCGAGAAAAGUAUAAUUCAUGUGACGGAUCUCGACUAUGCGACUUUUCAUGCUUUACUGAAGUACAUUUACACAGAUGUGAUUGCAAUCGAUUCAGUGGACGAAGCCAUCGAACUGGUCCGAGCAGCUAAGAAGUACAUGUUCUCGUUUGUCGUUGAUAAAUGCAUUACAGCUAUACAGGCGAAGCUUACUCCAAAAACUGUGCUGCGCGUAUACGAAUUUGCUACACUUUUUGAUGAGACUCAAUUGAAAGAACGUUCUCUUGAACUUCUACGUAAAGAAACACUAAAAGUGAUUCAGGACGACAGUUUCAAAAACGCCGAAAUCAAGACAGUCAUGAUGGUUGUACAACAAGAUAAGCUCAACAUUAAUUCCGAGUUGGAGUUAUUUAAAGCAAUCAAUAAAUAUGUAACGGAAAGUCCCGAGUUGAAUGGACAUCAAAUAAACAACACUGGAGAAACGGAUGCGGAACAACAAUCGGUAUCCAUUUCCAUUCGGAACAUAAUCCGACAUAUUAGAUUCUUGACCAUGUCGCCACAAACGUUUGCCGAAGGACCUAUGAAGACUAAGCUAUUGACAAAACGCGAAAGCUUAGCAAUGUUGGCCAACAUCGCUUCCUCAAAUACUGAUAUCCCAAUGCCCAAAGGAUUCAGCACCAAGAAAACUGCGAGAAAAAUUCAAGCUCCAGUUCUACAUUCGCCAGUUCAAGUUGAAAGCAACGCUUUUCUUCCGGAAGUCCUUCCUAGAAAUCCUUACUGUUCCAACAAUUUUGGUCCAGAUUUUUGUUAUGGCAACAUGCACCCAUACCCAUAUUAUAUUAGUCACAGAUUCCCUUAUUGACGGAUUUUUAAACUCUUGAUGUCAAUAAG